UUUUGUAUAUCUAUUCAUCCCCAGAUUGAAAUUCCCAAAUCGAUCAAAAUUACAAAUUCCACUCCUACUUCAAUUUUGAAAUCAAAUCUCCCCGCAAUUCGACGACUUCAAAGUUCAAUUCAAUUUCUCCCAUUCCGCGUAAUUUAUUGGGUCGGAUUACUCGAUUUUGGUUCCAGGGUUUUAGGAAGAAUGUUCAACGGAAUGAUGGAUCCCGAAUUGAUCAGGAUGGCUCAGGAGCAGAUGAGCCGGAUGUCACCAGCUGAUUUGGCUCGGAUUCAGCAGCAGAUGAUGUCCAAUCCGGAUUUAAUGAGGAUGGCAACCGAAGGAAUGCAAAAUUUGAAUACACAAGAUUUCAAGCAUGCUGCUGAGAAGUUGAAAAACGCUCGUCCGGAGGACAUGGCCGAGAUUAGUGAGAAGAUGGCAAAUGCUUCACCUGAAGAGUUAGCUGCUAUGCGUGCUCGUAUGGAUGCACAGGUGUCUUAUGAAAUUAAUGGAGCCGAGAUGCUGAAAAAACAGGGAAAUGAACUUCACAGUCAGGGAAAGUACGCAUUGGCACUGGAGAAAUAUAUGCGUGCGAAGAAAAAUCUUAAAGAUAUUCCUACUUCAAAGGGGAGGAAUAUCCUUUUAGCAUGCUCUCUUAAUAUGAUGUCAUGUUACUUGAAAACCAAGCAGUAUGAAGAGUGUAUUGGGGAAGGUACAGAGGUUUUAGCUUAUGAUGCAAUGAACCCUAAAGCUCUCUACCGAAGGGGUCAAGCAUACAAGGAAUUGGGAAAACUAGGAGAAGCUGUGUCUGACUUGAGUAAAGCACAUGAAGUAUCUCUUGGGGAUGAAACUAUUGCAGAUAGCUUAAGGGAUGCUGAGGAAAGAUUGAAUAAAGAAGGUGGCAGGACUCAUUCAAGAGGGGUGGUUAUUGAAGAAAUAACUGAAGAAGCCACAGUAUCAUCUGAUAACACUGAGAAUUUGACAUCAAAAUCUUCCAUUUUAUCACAACAAGAAACCAGUCAGUCUAAAUCUACUCGAUCUGCUAGUGUUGUGGAGCCUCAGCCAUCUGAUCAGGACUAUUUUAAGGCUUUAAAAGAUGACCCGGAAUCUAUCAGAUCCUUCCAGAACUUCAUUUCUCGGACUGAUCCUGAGACAUUGUCUGCUAUGAAUGGCGGAAAAGUUGAAGGUGUUUCUCCUGAUAUGUUAAAGACUGCCACUGAUGUCAUUGGCAAGAUGUCUCCUGAAGAACUCAAUAAAAUGUUCCAAUUGGCUUCCUCCUUCCAAGGACAGAACAAUGGUGGCAGUUUUACUCCAGGAGCAACUCCAUCAAAUCUAUCACCUGACAUGCUCAAGACUGCAACUGACCUGAUGGCAAAAACGUCACCUGAAGACCUUCAAAAGAUGUUUGAGAUGGCUUCAUCUCUGAAGGGGAAUGAGGCAGCAUCGUCAUCAUCAGCAGGUUUCCCUGGUUCAGUUCCACCAAACAUGACACCAGACAUGCUCAAAAUGGCAACUGAUAUGAUGAAUAAGAUGCCACCUGAAGAGCGCCAAAAGAUGUUUGAGAUGGCUUCAUCCAUGACAGGACAGGAACGACCAUCAUCAACUGCAAACAAUGGAGUAAGAUCAGAUGAAUCUAAAACUCGAGAGAAUCUUUCAGUAAACGGCAGUGACGCUGGUGAAAGUAGUUCCUCCCAGCAUCUUAAUUCAAGUUUUCCAAGACCAGACUUCCUAAAUUCCAGUGGUGAUCUACAAGAGCAAAUGAGAAACCAAUUGAAGGAUCCAGCUAUGCGACAGAUGAUGACAUCAAUGAUGAAAAAUAUGAGCCCAGACGUGAUGGCUAACAUGAGCGAGCAAUUUGGGUUCAAGCUUUCACGCGAAGAUGCAGAGAAAGCUCAGCAGGCCAUGUCGUCUAUGUCGCCUGAUACUUUGGACACCAUGAUGAAAUGGGCCGAUAGGAUUCAACGCGGUGUAGAAGGUGCAAAGAAGACGAAGAACUUUUUUCUGGGAAGAUCUGGAAUGUUGUUGGCCAUAUUUAUGCUCUUUUUAGCAGUCAUUCUUCAUUGGUUUGGGUUCGUGGGCAAGUAGAUGGAUGUAUACUGAUGAAUAUAUGGCUGAUUAGUCGAUGAGAUGCUUUUUUUUCUUGACUUGUUCGUUUUUGUUUGGUAAAAGCGUAAGGUUUAAGUUGUAUUUUUUCAUUUAUAAGGAGGAAAGGCUUCCAUUAACAUUUACUAUGUAUUUAUUUCUUCAUCAGA